GAGAGAGAGAGAGAGAGAAAGAGAAAGAGAAAGAUAGAAAGGAUCAGAGAGUUUUCUCAAUCGAUGUCAGCUACAGUGUCUGCAGCAACAGUAGCAACAACAACAGCAGCUACAACAUUUAUAAAGUGCGUCACUGUUGGCGAUGGAGCUGUGGGCAAAACUUGUCUUCUUAUCUCUUACACCAGCAACACUUUUCCCACUGAUUAUGUUCCAACAGUGUUCGACAAUUUCAGUGCAAAUGUUGUAGUCGAUGGCCAAACUGUCAGUUUGGGUCUCUGGGAUACUGCUGGUCAGGAAGAUUACAAUAGGCUUAGACCAUUGAGUUACAGAGGAGCUGAUGUUUUCAUUCUUGCCUUCUCUCUUAUUAGCAGGCCUAGCUUUGAGAACAUUGCUAAAAAGUGGGUCCCCGAGCUGCGACAUUAUGCCCCGACCGUGCCUAUUGUUCUCGUUGGAACUAAAUUAGAUCUAAGAGAAGACAAGCAGUUCCCAAUGACUUAUCCAGGUGCUUGCACAAUCUCUACAGAACAAGGUCAAGAACUAAGAAAGGAGAUAGGAGCAUUAGCAUAUAUAGAGUGCAGCUCGAAAACACAACAGAAUGUGAAAGAGGUGUUUGAUGCGGCGAUAAAAGUAGUUUUACAGCCUCCAUCAAAGACUAAGAAACAAAAGAGCAGAUUUGGUUUCUGCCAUGUUCUUUGAUCUCAAUUGCUUCUUUGACUACCUACUCAAAUAUCUGGCGCGGCUUGCUUUCUUUUUUAAAAUCCUUUUUAGUGUGUUGCCAUAUGAACGACACUUUGUGGAUCAAAAUCUGCAGAGUAGUAUGAUUCGCUAUCUUCGUUAUAAGAGUUUGAUAUUAUGGUGAAGAGUGUGUUGUAACAUAUUAGCUAAGUCUCGUCUUUGUAAAAUGUAAAUGAUCAUCAAUGCUUGUCUCUUUGAGUUACAAGCUCAAGAUCAAGACAAAUAUAUAAACCGGUUUUAACCGAUUAAAACUGAA